GAGAUCAGGAGCAAUAAUAUCAGAUCCAUAUCCAAUCUGAUUUCAAUCUUAAGCAUCGUCAAGAGACCACGUAACCACAUUUACCAGAAGUCUGGGAAGAAAUAAGAGCAAAUGCACCAAUUAAGAGGAUAUUUUCCUUUCAAGAAAGCUGCGAGGUGUCAAGGACACAUUUAGACCAUCAUUUCCACUGUUAUUCUCUUCCCCAAUCUUCCCGACGCUUCUCCGUCGCCAGACUCGUUGGUCAGCAUACCGACCGUCUGGCACGGCUCUUGAAGUCGCCUUUGUAUUGUAUAACUUUUGCAACCUGGUUUUAUUUUCCGGAGACUGAGGCCUUGUCCUCUAAACACCGAUCCUUCCAGAAUUCGAUCAGCCGGUGGGAUUGACCAUCAAUGGACGGGAAGCCGGCGGCGGCGGUGGCGACGGAGGUCUCGGGGCCUCCGUCUCCGGGGGUAUCGCCGGUCCGCCUCGCCGAUGGCAUAGAGGAGCUCGUCCGCUUCACCCUCGCCGCCAGUAGCGGCGAAAGCUUGGACGACUGUGACGUGCUGUUGUCCAGGGACUACUGCUUCCGCCUGCUACAAGAUGAGCCCAACCCCACGGAUCCCCAUCUCAACGAUCUUGGGAAUGUAUGUGGAGGUGUUCCAGUAUAUCCUUUGUAUAAACAUUUGGCACGAGCAAUAGAGCAAUGCAUAAAUUCUGGAAUUUUCCCGCGACCAACCAACUUUGUGGGAUCUAUUCUACUUGAUGAGUCCUUGAAGAUGAGAGAGAAUGAAUGGAGUAAGCUGAUCUUGGAUGAGGGAUCGGAAUUGUUAAAAAUGUUUAAUGCCGUGGAGUUUGAGCUCCAUGUUCAAGAGCCUUUCUUCUCACAACUGAGAGGUAGUCCUUUUCUGAAAAAUUCUUACUGCUGGCAAUGGGUUAGUUACAAUAAAGAGAUAGUGCUUCUUAUUAGGACAUUGCAGGAGCUCUUUCACUGAUUGAUCAUUAAGAGUUCUUGCUAGGCAGCUUUUUGUAUUUAUUUAAGGCAUCUUGCAUUUU